UACAUAGCUGCAGUGAAUGUAAACUUGGGCAGCUGGUGUCACACAGGUACUUUCCUGCCGAAGAAGGGACAGUUUGAGGAAGAUGCCUGCGGAGCUGUUUCCCCUGCUAUGAUGCCAGGGCAGAUUCCCGACCCGUCCCUGACGGCUGGUGCACUGCCUGGGCUCGGCCCCUUGACGGGACUGCCUGGCACAGCCCUCACUGCGGAGGAGCUGAAGUACGCUGACAUCCGUAACAUCGGGGCUAUGAUCUCGCCACUCCACUUCCUGGAGGUGAAGCUUGGGAAGAGACCCCAGCCUGUGAAAAGUGAGCUGGAUGAGGAAGAAGAGAGAAGGAAAAGACGCCGGGAGAAAAACAAAGUAGCAGCAGCACGGUGUCGUAACAAGAAGAAGGAGAGGACAGAGUUCCUGCAGCGGGAGUCUGAGCGUCUGGAGCUCAUGAAUGCAGAGCUGAAGGCCCAGAUAGAAGAGCUGAAACAAGAGAGGCAGCAGCUGAUCCUGAUGCGGAACCGGCCCCGUCCGACCUGCAUCGUGCGGACAGACAGCAUCAAGACACCUGAGAGUGAAGCCAACCCGCUGCUGGAACAGCUAGAGAAAAAGUGAAAGUGGCUCUGGGCCAGGAGGAGGAGACAGUGGCGCAAGGUCUUCCAAGGUCUCUAAUGUAUGUACUGUAUGAAGAACUUUGCACCGAGGCCUGGUGCAGCCAGGACCCAGUGGGCUUCCUUGGGAUUUAUGGACCAAACAAAUAUGGGGACACAGAAGAUCAGGAGCGUGUCAAUCAUCUACUCUGACACUGAACCCAGGAGCAGGGCUAGUGGCUCUGGUGAGGGCAACCUCUUUGUGAUACCUCAUCACGGCCCUUCAGCCUGCUUGUGGCCCCGGGGACCCAUGCUGCUGCAGCACGUCCUGUGAGGAGACAUGAGGGAAAGCUCCCACUUUGCCCUCUUUCCUACAGCUCACUGUACGCUGCUGGUCGGGAGCAGGGCCUGCACGUGGGAGAAACGGCCGUGGGGCAGCGAAGCAGAGACCGCACGGCCUCCUGCCUUAGCAGUGUGCAGGAGCCAUCCCCAGAUGCUGCCACUGCUCCUGGUGCGCACUCCGCAUGGAAACCUGAAACGAAGAAUCGCAAACACUUGACACAAGCCCCGUCUGGUGGGCAGGCCUGUCGUGGCACGGUGGCGCAGGCGCCCCCCACAAGCACACUCUCAGUAUAAUGUUUACAGCCCAGCUGUCCUUGUCGGCCGUGCUUUUAAAUGCACAUUUUUACACUUUUUUAAAAAUAUUUUUUACAAAGUUUUUAUACAGCGAUCUCUAUAUGGAUUUAUAUAAUCACUAGAUGUGAUCCCAUAGAAAUGUAUGUUACGAUGGUCUGUUUGUUACAAAUGCAUAUGCCACAGUAAUCUCCAUUGUGUUACUUGUCUGGUAGCAUCCGGCCCUUCCCCCCCUCCCCCCCGCCCCAGCAUGCUGGGAAGGGGGCCCAUGCAGCCCUCCACAGUGGUGCCGCUACCAUCUCCAUCCAUGUAUGUCCUUCAUAAUACUCAGUUCUGUAUCUCUCAGUAAAUGUUACCUUUACGUACCCCGACCUCCUGUGCUUUGUCUGGGUCAGGCUGUGCGUGGGCUCUGGAU